UAGAUUAGAACAUGUCUUCAUCUACUAGUGUUAGUCCUCUGAAAGACUUCUUGGCCGGUGGGUUCGGCGGAGUUUGUCUAGUAGUAUCAGGUCACCCCUUCGACACAAUCAAAGUGAGACUGCAAACUAGUUCCCAGUACUCUGGCAUGUUAGACUGUAUCAAACAGAUAUACACCAAAGAGGGCCCAAAAGGAUACUUCAAAGGCAUGUUAGCUCCUGUAAUGGGAGUUGCACCCAUGUAUGCCCUAUGCUUCCUAGGGUUCAGUCACGGAAUGAAGAUCCAGGGUUAUGAGAAACCAGGAACUACAAGUCCAGUUGGAUUGUUCUUAGCCGGCUCAUUAGCUGGAUUCUACACUACUGCAAUUAUGGCACCCGGAGAGAGGAUAAAAUGUCUGCUGCAGAUUCAAGGAGCAUCAGCAGUAAAGCAAUACGCAGGACCAGUAGACUGCGCGAAACAAAUUUUCAAAGAGGGUGGCAUCCGUGGUCUCUACAGAGGCUCAUGUGCCACUCUACUGCGAGAUGUUCCCGCCUCAGGAAUGUACUUCGCUUCAUAUCACUCUAUUCAGAGACUAAUGCGUGGAGGCGAACCAAACAAAAGUCUCUCUAGCGUCCAAGUCUUAAUAGCCGGAGGGUUCGCUGGAAUUUUCAACUGGCUGGUAGCAAUGCCUGCCGAUGUUUUGAAAACGAGGUUCCAGACGGCCCCAGCUGGUGCAUAUCCGAACGGAGUUAGAGGCGUUUUGAAGGAGCUGCUAAAAAAGGAAGGACCAAUGGCCUUGUACAAGGGCAUUACCCCUGUUUUAGUCAGAGCGUUCCCCGCCAAUGCGUGCUGCUUCUUAGGAUUUGAAUACGCGAACUGGUUCCUUACUAAACUGGGACUCUAAAGCCAGUUCAAACUUAUUACAAAUGGCUCAAACUUACUUGCUAUAACAGCAGCAAAUUUUGUUAAAUUAAUCUUUAUAAUGCAGAUGACCAGCCUUAUUUGUAUAUAGUAAUAGUAAUAGAACAGUACCA